GUGGAAAUUGGGGGCUAGAGCUCACUGGUGACGUGGCUGUCACGUGACCGAGAGCCGCCUAGAGCCGAAGUCCUGUUAGUCGCCUUCAACUGGGUACCAACCCCCUAUUACUCUGCAGGCGCGUGAAGGAGAAGGAAACUCGCUGGGACCUUACAGGGAGAAGUGGCGGGCUUCAGGUUGGGGCGAGAGAGGUGAACAGCGUUUGCACAAAAUCCAAGCAAAGAAAGGAUCCACAAUCCGGUCACCGUGUCCUGGGUGCUUGCUGGUCAGUCCACCAAGAAUUCCACCCCCACCCCCCUCCGCGGUCCCCUGUCCGUUUGCAGGUCUUUAGGUCUCAGCUCAAGCCUUGGCUAGAGAGGGAGAAAACCGCUUUGACUGGAACCUUGCUGCAGGUUUGAAGGCUCCGUCCAUCUACCACCCUGGAGGGAAUACAGGAGAAGACACAAGAAGAAAAAGAAUUCACUUGAUAUUUGAGAGAGUCAUCAUAAGAAUCAUAGAAGCCUAGGAGAGGGUGAAAAAUACUGGCCUACACCAUUAUUCACACAAUCGCAGAGAGUUCUCUUCAAUCAGGUGAAGAAAAGCCCUCUCCUGUCUGGCCAAAGCGCUUACUGCCAUAAAAGUAUGGGUCGGGUCCGGGAAAUGGGUUGGAUGGCAGCAGGCCUGAUGAUUGGGGCUGGUGCCUGCUACUGUAUGUACAAACUGACCAUGGGAAGAGAGUCAAGUAACGAACUAGAGGAAGAGGAGGAAAAUGAAUGGGAUGAUGAGCAGGAUCUGGAGGAAGAGGAGGCAGACUUUUGGUUUGAUUUCACAUCAAUGGCUCGGCCCUGGAGUGGGGACCAGGAUUGGGAUGAACCUGGAGCCCCAGGUGGGACUGAAGACAGACAUUCAGGUGGUGGAAAGGCAAACAGAGCACACCCAAUAAAACAGAGACCUUUCCCUUAUGAACAUAAAAAUACAUGGGGUGCUCAGAGCUUUAAAACCUUCAAUUGUGCUCUUGGCCUGACCCAGUAUGCUUCCAUUGAAGGGAAAAAAAUGUUCACCGAGCCCACAAAUGCUGGCUUUUCCCUCAGCCACAAUGUCAGUAGGCUGUUGGCCAGCCUUUCAGUGGUUGGAAACAGGAUCCCCACACCCCAGCCCACUGUGAGGGAGAAGGUUUUGUGUGUCCCUGAAAACCCAAACACCAGUAUUGGAAAUCAGGGCCCAAUUAAGAUGUACAUCGAUGAAGUGUGUCGAGAGGCAGCGUUUCAUUGCUGCAAGUCAUUUCUGCAGCAGGCCGGAUUAAGUCUGCUAAUGAGCAUGACAGUUAUUAAUAACAUGCUUGCCAAGUCGGUUGCAGACCUGCAGCUUUCUUUGAUAUCUGAGGGAAGUGGAUGUGCAAAAGUUCAGGGACUGGAACCGCUGCUGGGAUUGUCUGAAAAGCCGGUGCUGGUAGGCAAAGCGCUGGCUGCCCAAACGCUAUUCUCAUUCAUGUUCCUGUAUAUCAGGAGUGGGAGCAGAGAGAUGCUUAUGGAAGCCCUCUCUCAUAAGUGGCGGUCUCGAGCAGAAGGAGACUGAAUCCACCCAGAGCCCAGGCAGUCUACUGAGGACAAAGAGGCUGCAGUGGGUGCAAGCAAGGAUGCAGCUUUAGCCAGGCAGCAGCUCCUCCUUGGCCAAAAGUUCCAGCCGCUAAAUGGGGGGCCACAGUCUUCUUGGCCAGGCAGGGCACCCCAGAGCUCUGGGCAACUUCUGGGUUUGUAGUCUGCAGGUCAAGUGCAUUCUAAAUGGUUCCCUUGCAGCAAAGGGUAAAGGGAUCACUCACCA